AUGGAAAAAAAUAGUGAUAAAACCAUAAAUAUUGUUGUAUUGUGUGAUGGUACUUUGAAUGGGCCAGUCAUUGAAACUAACGUUUAUAAAUUACAUCUACUCUUAUUGUCAUAUUAUGAAGCUGGUAAAACUCGCAGAAUUCCUGGGAUAGAUUCUUUACGGUUUGAAAAACUCAAAGAUCGAAAUCUAAAAUAUCGUAAAACUCAUGAAAUUGCUCAUGACGCUUUUCUCCAUAAAGAUCAUUAUUAUGAAUCGGGAGUGGGUGGAAAGUUCAAUGUAAUAGAUUCAAUGGUAGCUUAUAAUAUUGAUGACAAAAUCAAACGUGCUUACAGACAUAUAGUCAGACGUCGUGGUGCUUACACAGUGAGAUGUGUUGCUGGAAUGAUACGAAAUUGUGGAAUAUUGAGAUAUGAUAGCAAAGAACUUAUUAAUCGCGCUUAUGAUCUUUAUCGCAGUAAAGAUCCGAAUCAUAGUCCAAAGGAACAAGAAUCUGAAUCAUUCCGAAAAUCAUUUAGUCAUCCAGGCUCUACUAUAAUUAAGUUUCUUGGAUUAUGGGAUACCGUUGGUGCCCAAGGUUUACCCACACUUACAAUUGGAAAAGGAUUUGAAUAUCUGAAACUUCAUGAUAACAAUGUAUCCAAGAUGGUUAAAAAUGUAUACCAAGUUUUAAGCAUUCAUGAAAAAUCAGUUUUCUUUGAACCGAUAUCUAGAAAGAAUGAAGAUUAUGAAAAGUGUGAAGAAUGUAAAAAGAAUGAAAAAUGUAAAAAUAACGAAAAAUGUGAGUGUAUUAAGCUUGAAGAGAUUUGGUUUCCGGGGGACCAUUUGGAGGUCGGGGGAGGAAUUUUUUCAGUAGAUGAUGGUAUAUCUAAUGAAAGUCUUCGGUGGAUGAUUAGAAAAAUUUUAUGUACUGGAGGUCUACUUUCAGAUGAACGUUUAAAAGGAGAGAGUUUGUUAGAGAAGAAGUUAGAGGAGUGCUUAAACCAAAUUGAAAAGAUUCCUAAAUCCUUAUUUGCAUCGUUAACACAACGUGUACUCCCUUUAGUAUCAGUUUAUCGUAUUAAACGGGCUACUACCAUCUUGCCAUUACUUCAUAGGAAUAGAAUUAUUCCAUUAUACAGGAAUGAUAAAGGAAUGCUAACUUUCGAUCUGCUUUAUAAAAAGGGUUACUGGGAAAAUAAGAAGGGUUACUGGAAAAAUACAAAAUUUAAAAAUAUAAAAGAUGUAAAAAAACACAAACACAAAAGGCUGGAUUCACUUACUGAAUUUUAUGAUGCGAUGGAAGAUAUUCUAAUCGAGGAGUUGAAAAGGACAAGCAGUGGAAGUGCUAGUGAUGCUAAGGACGCUAAUGGAAAAGUAACGAAGGCCAAGCAUCAAGAACAGAAUAUAAAAGAGAUUAUUGAAAUAUAUGAAGAAAUAGAAAUAGACAAAAUGAAAAAUAAUCACGAAAUAUACAGAAAGAAUAACGAUGAAGAAAUAGACAAAAAAGAUAAAGAAAAAAUUUGGAAACUGUUCAAAGAAAUUGGUAAAAAUAGAAUAGGUAAUAUUGAAUCUUUUGAUGCGAAAACUAUUUCAAAUUUUAAUAUUGAAAGGUUAAUACAUCGAUAUAAUGCACGCGUAAACAAAGAUUUUUGUCAGAAGUGCAAUUCACGUGAUUUAUUGACGAAGAAAUAA